GGUGGGGGGCAAUUCUCCACCUCGAGAGGCUCCGUUGGGAUCCCGGGAAAGGGGCUCUUCCCACCUCGGGAGGUUCCCGUGGGGUUUGGGUGUUCGGGGCUGAUCCGCUUUACCGGGAGGGGAAGGGGGGGGGGGGGGCUCGGUUUGCCCCCCCCGUUCCUCGGUGGAGAAGAAGAAGGAGGCGGUGGGAGCGCUCCCUGCGCGGCCCCUGAGCGCGGUGCUUCCCCCCAUCGCUCCUGGAGGAGCUGGGGUUGCUCUUCGUUUUGCUUUUCUUUUUAAAUAUUGAUUUUUUUUACAAAAACAAACAAACAAACAACCCCUCCGACCCCGCACACAAGCCUGCCUCUGGGAGGGAAAUAGCCAGGUGAAAUCUCACUCUGUUUCCAUGGACAACCCGUCCAUUAUCACCCAGGUGACUAACCCCAAAGAGGAGGAGAUCCUCUCCUGCACUCAGGAUAAAGUGUCCCAAUGUAAUAUCAGCUUGAAGAAGCAGAGGAGUCGAAGUAUCUUUAGCACCUUAUUCUGCUGCUUUCGUGACUACAAUGUCGAACCACCAUCUACCAAUAGCACCAGUGCUCUUCCUCCUUUGGUGGAGGAGAAUGGAGGACUUCAGAAGGGUGACCAGAUGCAGGUCAUGCCUAUACCAAGUGGAAUAUACUAUUUCCACGGGACUGAAGCAGUGCAGCAGUCGUUUCACUACAAGCCACCAGCUAAAUACCUCCUGCCAGAACUGACAGCAUCAGACUAUGGGAAGAAGUGUGUGGUCAUCGAUUUAGAUGAAACUUUAGUGCACAGUUCAUUUAAGCCAAUUAGCAAUGCUGAUUUCAUCGUUCCUGUUGAAAUUGAUGGAACCAUACAUCAGGUUUAUGUAUUGAAACGACCACAUGUGGAUGAGUUUCUUCAGAGGAUGGGAGAGCUCUUUGAAUGUGUACUCUUCACAGCCAGUCUAGCCAAGUAUGCAGACCCAGUAGCCGACUUACUGGAUCGCUGGGGUGUGUUCAGGGCAAGGCUAUUUAGAGAAUCCUGUGUUUUCCACCGAGGAAAUUAUGUGAAGGAUCUGAGUCGGCUGGGACGUGAGCUGAGUAAAGUUAUUAUAGUGGAUAAUUCUCCUGCAUCUUACAUCUUCCAUCCUGAAAAUGCAGUGCCUGUGCAGUCCUGGUUUGAUGACAUGACAGACACAGAGCUGCUAGAUCUUAUUCCUUUCUUUGAAGGACUAAGCAAAGAGGAAGAAGUUUACAGUAUGCUUCAUAAACUCUGCAACAGGUAGCCCUUAACUUUGACUGACUUCUGCUACUCGAUUGCAGUUGCCAGAGGCUGUCUCCAUCUUUUUCAGCUCUUUCAAAUGUAAGCUUUGGGGAGGUCACCCCUGUCAGAAGUGCUACUCUUGAUCUUCCUGUUACAUUGGACACAAAGGACAAUCAUGAGUGAUGCUAUUAAGCCUUCAGAAGCCUGACUCCUAAGGUCACGUGUUCAGACUACUUUUUUAAAGGAAAAAAAAAAUAAAGAAGCUAUUUUAAAUGGGACUCUUUUAAUGAAUUUCAUAAAUGGACAUCUUUUACUGGAUCAGCUUUUCUUAAAACAUGCCAAAAAAGAAGCUUGUAUUUCAGCAGUUGAAUUUCUCUCCCUUUCUUCCCCUCCCACUAUGCAGACAAUUUUACCCCCCUGCUUAGAGCAGUUGACCUGACUCUGAUUUUUUUCUUACAGAAUGAAGUGCCUUUUUGAAUGUUAUUUUAAGAUAAAAAUUCAUUUUUGUAUAAGACGUAUUUCCAGACAUCUUUUAGUCUUGUAUUGUCUAAAUGCUUUAAAAGGAAAAAGGAAAAAAAAAAAUUUAUAGAGCACUGUAAUAUAUAACAAAGGAAAAAGUUUGAAACAAAGAUGCUGGGUUCCUGUCUCCACAAUGACAUUGACUUGUAUUACAUUUUGUCAUGCUCAGAAGGUGUAAGCAUGGGAGGGAUGAUUUGGGCUAAUUAUGUGGUUGUUUCACUGAUAUGAUUUUGGGCACAGUUUUGAACAUAUCUGCAGUUGUUUGAAUAUUAGGGAAUGAUGGACUUGAGAAAACAAGGUGGUUAAUAGAUCUAAAGCACCUUUUAUUCUAGACAGAUAAAGUUCUAUCGUCUCUGCUUGCGCACAACUGCCAUGCCUCUCAUUUUUUGGAAAAUCAUUAUCUUGGGGGAAUAGGGAGGAGAUCUAUUUAUUAGUUUAAGAUUCUUUUCUUAAGAAAAAAACCCAUCUGGGUAAGCUGGAUCUGUAUUGAGCUGUUUGGAGUACUUUUUUCUU